AUAAACGAUAAUUGCAUCUUAAGGCCUCGUUUUUCUGCGUAUAUUUUGGUCUGUGUUUUAUAUUUUACAUUUAUUUGUUAACUAGUUUCACUAAUACACAUUGCAUUGCCUAAAUUGCAAAUAACGAGAAAAAACCCUAAAUAUAAAAAGAGUGUUUGGUAAAAUGAUUACCAAAACAAAGAAUACCUUUAUUUGAAAGAAUUCAGAUUUUUCUUAAAAUCUGCAUGAAGCAGUCUUGAAGGAUGGAAUAAGUAUAUUUGAAAAAACCUGGCCAAGAUAAAAAGUCUUAUAAGAACGUUGUGUAUUGAGGAAAUGAUAAAUAAAAAGUUUUAUCGCGCCUAGUACUCAUGGCCACAUUCAUAUGUCAUGCAGAUGAAGGACAAUCGUGACAGCAGCCACUCAUGCACAAAUAAUCUGUCAUUGCAGCCCCAAGCUAAAAUGCACCGUAAUUUUAAACUCUUAGCGGAUCCACAAUUGGUAAAAUGUGGUGCCAAACUGUAUCGUUACGAUGGGGUUGUACCAGGAGAUCCGACUUAUCCAACAUUAACGCCAAGAGACCCCCGAAAUCCUCUCAUACGUAUUCGUGCAAGACCAAUUGAUCCACUUAUGCUUCUUAUACCUAGAUUUGUAAUCGACUCUGACUAUGUUGGUCAACCACCGGCUAUUGAAGUUACUGUUGUCAACCUUAACGACAAUAUCGACAAGCAGUUUCUCUCCAGCAUGUUGGACAAAUGUGGGACAUUCGAUGAAAUCCAAAUUUACCAUCAUCCAAUCACAAAUAAACAUUUGGGUAUUGCCCGAAUUGUUUUUGAAAGCACAAAAGGAGCUAGACAAUUUGUUGAAAAAUACCACGAAAAAUCUGUUAUGGGAAAGAUUUUAAAUGUUUUCUGCGAUCCGUUUGGUGCCAUACUAAAAAAAACCGUUGAAAAUAUAACUAACCCUGUCGCUACAAAACAAGCUUCUAUUUUAAAGGGUCAAAAAAUGUCUUCUAUGCCUCAGGGACAAGGAAUCUGCCAUGAAGCUGAUUUUGGUAACAGUAAUUUAGAUAAAGAUACCUUGGAUAAUGUAAAUGUUGGAUACAGACCUGCAGAUUUAAAUUCUGAUAUUGAACGGAGCAAUGAUCGUUACUGGGAUCGUAUUAGAGAACGUGAAGGAGAUCGAUAUUUUAAAGAACAAAGUCGACAUUCAUCAGAGAGAAGUUAUGAUCGCGAACACGGAAAUCACGAUAAGUUUUUAAAUACUUCAAGGCAAUGCCGAAAUUUUAAUAGGCACCGCUCCAGAGAUAAAAGCACAGAAUUUUCUAGAGAAAUAUCGUUUACUGGAUGUGAUAAUCGUAGAGAUUCAAACAUAAAGUCACGUGACUAUUAUCGCUUAAGAGAACGAGAUCAUUUUCGAGAUGGGAAAGAUCAUUCAAGAGAAAAGAGAGAUUACCGAUAUAAUUCGUCUAAAGAAAGAGAAUACCGAGGAAGAGACCACGACCGUUCAUCAGAGAGAGAUCGAAGGGAUCGUUCAACGUUUAAAUACACCAAACGAUAUCAAAGUCAUGAAUAUAAUAAAAUUGAUAUUGAAAAGCCUGAAAACUCAAAAACUCAGCAUUAUUAUUCUACUGCGCCAUUAUCGGGAUUAUCUCUUUUAAAUUACGGAUACAAUAAUUAUGGUUACUCUAUAACUGAAGGUGUUCGUACAUGGUCGGAGGAAAAGAACUGGAAAGCCCCUCAGCCUGAAUUUGAGCCUCAACCCCCUCCUCCUCCUCCCCCUGAAGAAGAAGAAAAUUGGGAUGAUUUGGAACUUAAAAUUGAUAAAAAAGAUAGCCAGAUAUCUUUAGAAUCCGUCAGCACAAGGCUUCAAUCACCCCAAGAAAACAACAUAAAUCUCGAGAACAAAUCUAAAAAAAUAUCUGAAUCGAACAUAGAAAUUGGAAAUGUAGAUUUAGAUACUCGUAUUGCCUUAAUAUUUAAAGGAAGAACUUUUGGAAAUGCACCACCUUUCCUUCAAAUGGAGAGUAGCGACUCUGAAACCGAAAAAGGAAAAGCCGAUAAUUCCAAUGAAAAUUAUUCGGAUUCUAACAAUUCAACCGAUGGAAAAGCAGCUGAGAAAAAGCUAUCAAAUUUGCAAGACCAUCAUGGAGCAAGUGACAUCUCGAGUGAUGAGGAACUUGUGGUUUCAAAAGCCGCAUCAAAAACCAGUAUUAUCAAUACUAAAGAUGGAAAUGACGACAAUAUGUCUCUAUCAUCUUUGUCCUCUCAUGAAGAUACAGUGCAGAAUUUAACGUCUUUCGUUGACGUAAAUAAAAAAUCCACGGUAACCCCUUUUAUGUAUCAAAGUACUUCAAACCAAAAUCCAUACUAUUACCAAACAACUUCCUAUGAACAUUAUCUUUCAAAUAUACAUACAACCCCUAGUUUAAAUAACCCUUAUUUUUCUAACUCUGCCUAUAUGCAAUCUGGUUAUUUAUCAGGAGUGGGAACAUUUGAUUUUGAUACUUAUGUUCAAUCAUAUGAUGCUCAAUAUGCUUUCACCGAUCAAAAUGACAAAAUAAGACAAAGAGUAAAAAAAGUAAUAGGCUACAUUGUCGAUGAGCUAAAGCAGAUUCUUAAACGAGAUGUUAAUAAGCGUAUGAUUGAAAUAACAGCUUUUAAAAAUUUCGAAGCCUGGUGGGAUGAACAUUCUUUAAAGGCCCGUUCCAAACCCUUAACUGAAACUGUCGAAUCAUCAAUAGGAACCGCGAACAUAAUUAUAGAUAACUCUAAUAACGAAAAGGCGCUAGAUAAUAAUACAUUUCUUAAUUCACAAAGGGAAAUAUUGGAAUUUCAAUCCUUUUCAAGUAUUGGUAUAAGAGCGUCUAUGCCUAAAUUGCCAUCUUUUAGACGAUUACGAAAACGUUCUAGCCCCAUUCCCAACCAAAGACAAUCAUUAGAAAGAGAUCUAAGUGAUCAAGAGGAAAUGGUACAACGUUCUGAUUCGGAUAAAGAGGAUUCUAAUAUGGGAAAUUCCGAUUUGCCACGUUCAAAUCUUAAAAGAAGGAUUUUAAACCAAACUGUUAAGCUUCAAACUUCCCCUUCAGAUACAAAUUCAAAAAGGAAAGGAAGCGCAUCAAGUUUUUUUUCUUCUUCCUCUUCAUCAUCUUCUGAAGCGGAAAACGAAAAUAAUGAAUGUGUUGAAAAUGAAAGAAGCAGCGAGGAUGAUAGUUUUGAAGAAGCGCAACUAAAAAAUAUGCGUCAACAGAAAAAAAAUUUUCAAACCCGAAGAAGUACGGAAUUUAAAUCAAAUGAAUAUAGUAACAUUAACAAUAUAUACUCUGAUUCCGAUGAAGAAAAAAAAGUUAAAAGUCCGGACGAGUCUAAAAAAAAUCAAUCAAGAAAAAAUCAUAUAUAUUCAGAUACGGAUGAUGAUAAUGACAAUAAUGGAGAUGCAGGAUUGCUUCCUCAGACACGAGAAAAAUUAUUUUCAUCUAUACCCUCUGAUCUGGAAGAUAUCAGCAAAGAUAGUAGUUUUGGAUUGACCGAAGAUGACAUGGAAAAUACAUUUGAUCAAUGUGCUACACCAAAACUUGAUGACGAAUCCCGACGUUCUCUGACCCCUGUACCACCACCAGACUAUAAUGAAGAGGCAAUACAGCAAAAAUCAGAUUUUUACAAGGAGAAGCCCAAAUUUGAUUAUGGUCGUAUUUAUAGUGACUCGGACGAGGAACGCGAGUAUCAGGAGAAAAGAAGGCGAAAUACAGAGUACAUGGCACAGAUUGAAAGAGAAUUUUUAGAGGAGCAGGAGAAGAAAAACAAAAAUUCUCAACCCGAAAUUGCAGAUUACCCUGAAACUUUUAAUUCUCUUAAUAAAUCAAACACGUCAAUGGUUUCUAGGAUUAGUCCAAAUAUUGAUAAAAACAUAGAUGUAGCGAUUAAAUCAGAUAAAAAAAUACAUAUAAAUAAUGAGGAAAAUAUCAAAACUGAAAAUUAUAUGAAAAAGGUUGAAAAUUCCGGUGCUAAUAAUUUGUUUAAUAGCGAAUUAAGAGGAUCUAACCAAGCGUGUGAAAUUUUAAAAGUCGAAACGAAAGAAACCCAAUCACCCGCCACUUCUGAAGGUGGACACAGCCCGGCUUCACAGGCUAGUCAAGUUGCUUUAGAACAUUGUUAUUCUUUGCCACCACAUGCACAAUGUAUUUCAUUAGAUGAAACAUCCAAUAAUAUGGCUACUCAUAAAAUCAGUUUAGAUGGACAUAAUAUAGCCGGUGUUGGUCAACUACCCAAAACGGGUCCCGGCAGGCCCCGAAAGGACACUAUUCGUACGCAAAAAAAAAAGAAGGAUUCAGUCCCACUUUCUUCUAAGAACAAAUUAGUUUCAUCUAAAAAAGCAUUAGCUGAAUUGGCCAGACAAACCAUAAAUUUUGUUCCAUAUGAUAUGUAUGGUGCACGUGAUCAGAAUGAGGAAAUGGUUAUCUUGUACACUUUUCUUACGAAGGGCAUUGAUGCCGAAGAUAUAAGGUAUAUAAAUAUGAGCUAUUCAGAGCAUUUACAGAAGGAGCCAUACGCGAUGUUUUUAAACAAUACACAUUGGGUAGAUCAUUGUACAACUGAUCGAACUUUUUGGCCACCGCCCUGUAAAAAACGAAAAAAAGAAGAUGAUCUAAUGCGUCAUAAAACAGGUUGUGCCAGAACAGAGGGUUUUUACAAAUUGGAUGUUCGAGAAAAGGCUAAACAUAAGUACCAUCAUGCAAAAGCAAAUGCUGAAGAUUUGCUUAAUGAAGACCGUUGUGAAGAUCCUACUGCACUUACCAACCACCAUCACAAUAAAUUAAUAUCUAAAAUGCAAGGAAUUUCCCGAGAAGCACGGUCAAAUCAGCGACGGCUCCUAACAGCGUUUGGUUUAAUCGGAGAGUCUGAACUUUUAAAAUUCAAUCAACUUAAAUUCAGAAAGAAACAGCUUAAGUUUGCAAAAUCUGCCAUACAUGACUGGGGAUUAUUUGCAAUGGAACCCAUCGCAGCUGAUGAAAUGGUCAUUGAAUACGUUGGGCAAAUGAUUCGCCCAGUGGUAGCAGAUUUAAGGGAGUCCAAAUAUGAAGCUAUUGGAAUCGGAAGUUCCUAUCUGUUCCGUAUAGAUAUGGAAACUAUAAUCGAUGCUACAAAAUGUGGCAAUUUGGCGAGAUUCAUAAAUCAUAGUUGCAAUCCGAAUUGCUAUGCUAAGGUUAUUACCAUAGAGUCUGAAAAGAAAAUAGUUAUAUAUUCAAAGCAACCCAUUGGUAUUAACGAGGAAAUAACAUACGACUAUAAAUUCCCUUUGGAGGAUGAAAAGAUUCCGUGUCUAUGUGCCGCGCAAGGUUGCCGUGGCACCCUUAAUUGAAGCUUUUUAUUAAUAUUAGUACGUGUUAGGUGUUGUCGAAAUGUGUGAAUUUAAAUCACUUAGAAUUUAAAAAAAAACCUUAUGUAAAUAUAAAACAAAAAUAUCUAUAAA